GCCAGAGAUGGAUAAGGCUUUCUCCUCGCUCUCUCGUCCUCUCGUUCAUGGCCUCCACCCCGCUCGCCGCCCGCCUUCUCCCUCCGAUCUCCACCUCGAUCCAGGGGCGGCGUCGCCUGUUCCCGGUGAGAUCCUCGUCGUCGUUGUCGUCGUUGCCGGCGCCUCCUCUUAUUCCCCGCCAGGACCAUCGCGGGACCACCAGGCGGGCCGCCUCCGUCUCCUUCCUCCUCCUCCUCGUCGUUGGCGGCUUCUCCACCCACCUCAACCGUGCUUACGCCGCCAACCCGUUCGACAAGUAUGUUAAGCGGAAAAAGUUGGAUCCACUGGAGACAUACGUACCUGCUGUUCUAUUGACUCAAGCACAGUUCAAGGAUUUGGAGGAAUCUUUGGAUGUUGAGAAGCCAGAGUAUGGCAUAAGCAGAUCUUUGUUGCGUUCUGGUCCGGCAGCAUCUUUGCGCGUGAAUAUUCGAGCAGUGGCACAAUAUGCAACUGAUGAUGGUAAAGGAAAAGCUGCUUCCGAUGCUGUUGAUCAAUGCCUAAGGGCCUUGGAAGAUCUUGACUCACUGCUGCUGCAUGCUUCAAGGAAUGAUCCAACAGCUUCCAUUGAAUCUAUGAAGAGGAAGAUCGAUAUUGCUCUGGGAGCUUUGGACAGCCUUUUGGAAACCGUACCUACGGCAGUGCUGGAUAAAGGGAAGGCAAUUGCAGAUGCUUAUCGGGUUCCAAGCAAGCAGAGUGAUGAAAGCAGCCCGGAAGACCUGGAUCCCAGCACGAAACAGUUGGAAGCGCUUCUAUGAAGUCCAUGGGAAGGCACUUCUAAAGAAUGAUCCAGUUAUUAAAUUUUACUUAUUGAGGCUCAGAGUCUUCCAUAUAUUGAGCUUACGCAUUAUAUGGUACUCUUUAAUGUACUUUGUCUUGUAGUGACAUCAAACAUGAGUUCUUAUCGACAAUCCAGAUUGUUCUUCUAAUUAAGAAUGUAUUUUCUAUUGGUUUCAUUUCAA